CGAAUUAAUCUUCCUUCUGUCUGCUAGUGGAUGCACUUCCCACCACGCGACUAACUGACUCAUACUCUUGAGUGUCACCGAGAGUUAAUCUAUCAUGGCUGGGGACGUCGCCAAUGCCAUUAAAGUGAACACGCUCAUUAUUAAUGAGCCAGAUGCAGAAGUGCCUAAUGGGGAAGAAUCGGAUCACCCCCAGUCCGCUAAGAAGGCUAAAUGGGAGCAUCAAGGUUCGAAAGGCGAAGGAUGUGUUUCUGGGAAGAGGAAGCGUGGAAGGUUGCGAUUUCUCAUGGAGAAAAUGCCGCUCGAGAUCGUUCUUGAAAUUUGUUCCCACCUCGGGCCUCGCGACCUACUUCACCUCGUGCGUUCUGCAAGGGUCUUUGCGCAGUAUCUCCUAAGACCAGGUGUUGCUUGGGCGUGGAAAGCAGCUCGGGAGGAGUGUGCUCCGGACAUGCCCCCGAUCCAUCCAGAUCUCACGGAACAAAAAUAUGCUUUGUUGGGCUUUGGCUCUAAUUGCCAGAACUGUGGGACCUUUACGCCUUCGGCUACCAACUGGUAUUUGCGGAAACGAUGGUGUCGUAAGUGCCGUGGCGGUGUGCUUCGUUCAGAGUACUAUGACAUGUGGUUAUUUGGCUCCUUAAAAUGUCUUCGCAUGCAUCAAAAAUAUUAUGCCAUCCUUCACCAAGCUAGGGUCUCCCGUUAUGAGGCGUACAUUGGCAGGAAGACUGGCCUGAUGUGUGUUUGUCCGAUUAGCGAGGCUAAUGCCUUUAAGUUGAAGGCAGAGGAACUCACAGAUGAGGAGUGGGCGGUGUAUGUCUCGGAUCAAAAGGAGAAAAAGCAGGCAUUGGAUGCGCAUGCAAAAUUGUGCACGCAAUGGGCUCAAAGGCGUGUUUCCGGUCGUCAAGAUGAAUUACGUGCUGUCCGGCGGGAACGCUCAGCAGCCGUGAGGUUGAGAUUGGAGAAUAUGGGAUUUGCCAAGGAAUUCAUUGAUCUGGCGAUUUUCGAAGGAUUCCCAGGACUCCGAGUAUCCAAAUACUUGACGGAUAAGGAGUGGGCCGGGAUAGAACGACAUGCUGUUGGUGCAGCUCGAUCGCAUGAACAGUCUUGCCUGGACCGAUUCCUUCAUAAGGCGAAGGAAUCAAAGGAAUGCAUUAUCUCAAAUUAUCGGUCCUGGUAUGAAUGCCGUGAUCCGGGCAAUGAGUUUUGGCCCCCUCCUUUUGGUAUAUGGACAAUUCCUGAAAUUGAGGAUUCUCUGGUUGAUAUCUUGAAAUUGAACUUACAUCAUCUUCCGGGUCUCCCCCAUGAUUCUGGGGUGCCCGACAUCAUAUGGGACGCUUUAAUGCUCCGCUUCGAGGACAUUGCCAAUAACCACUCGAUGAGCUCCAAGAUGGGGUUACUGAAAUUGAUCCCUGAGGAGCUCAGACUGUCGUCUGCUCGAGAAACGUUAGAACUGGCUCGAACUCUUUUUGUGAGACUGUCAGAUUCAAGCAUCAUCCGGUACCCUCGCCUCGCGGAUCGUGGUGAUUGGUGCUGGGACGAGCUUGGAUCGGCCGUUAUGAGCGAUAUCAUCAUCUUAGCCGGACACGACCCUAAUACCAUGACUUUUGGACAACUUCUGGAAGAAGAUAUCUGGGUCGAAUGUCUUACCUGUGUUCAAGCUAAUCAGGGAGGCAAGGUAUUUGAAGCUGUAGAAGCUGUAAAGCACCUUCAUACAGACCACAACCUCGGCAUAAUCAACAAGAAGAAGUCUGUGGAAUGGAGGAUUCUGGAAGGGCAGGAGCUCAUAUCAUUCAGAAUGUCGAACAUAAUAAUCAACAAAUGGUGGGGGUGUCUCCUUUGUGGGUAUGAAGGGGUCAGCGAUGAGGACUCCAUCCUCCAGCAUAUUGCAUCACAACAUCCUAAUGCACGUCCGGAUCUACAGUAUUGCUACCUAGGCUCGCGCAGUCAAACCCCACGAAAACCUAUCCCUACUUUAGUGUUCUUUGAGUUGGGGGGAAAUGGGUUUAGAAACUAGAGCCAUCUUCCCUUCGAGGUUCCUUAGCGGGUCAGUUGUAAGACCAUGCCAUCCUGCUACUGAUACUCUAAAUUCGAAGCUGCAGCCAGUGCACGGUAGCAUCAUGAUAUCCCAUGCCUGCUUCGCCUUCGAAUGACCUCCUAUCCUGUUUAUCGUCCUAGACACUGGUGUUCCCUUUCGUUUUUCGGCUUCGUGAUCGUCCUGUCCAAAACCUAGCUCUACGUCCAUUGAGGCUUCUAGUCGCCGUAGUUCUGGUCAUCGUCCUCGUAAUUCUCAGUAAAUGUCGAUGCAUCUUUAUACCCUCCAACAACCUCUUCCUCUCACCUACACAUACCACCGGGACUUCUGGCCAGCACUUCUGGAUCACAUCUCUCAUCCCUACUUCAUCACAACGGGCUCUGGACUUGUGUUCGUGGUUCGUCGUCGUGGCGCACUGUCUCAUGUCUCACCCUUGUCGGUUCCUUUAUCCGUUGUGCUUUACGCUCCAUAUUUUGUGC